AUGCGACCAAAGACAUUAAUUUUUAGUAUUUCCUGUAUUUUAGCAACCAACCGUUCGCUGAAGCUUAUCCCUGUCGAGGCAAAACUUGUCGACUUCCAGCUGGCCCGGUACGCUCCACCUGCGCUGGACAUUUGGACGCUAAUAAUGCUUGGUAGUUCUCGCGACUUUCGACAGCACCAUUUGCAAACGUUGCUAAACACUUACUAUCAGACCUUCGGUGAUCUGCUGUACGGUGGCGGUGGUUUAACUGUGGAAAUCAUCUUACCACGCUCGGAGUAUGAUGCAGCUUGUGAACGUUUUGCAUUGGCCGGACUGAUUGAAUCUCUACUGUUUAGCCAUAUUACACUCUUGCCCAAGCAAUGCUCAGUUCUUCGGAGGACUUUGAUAGUUUUUUGCGGGACAAUGGCAAGCAACGCAUUUGUCUGGAAGCAUUCGAGGAAACAGCUGCAUAUAGGAACCGAAUGUCGGAACUACUAA